AUGUGUGAAGCCGAAAAUCAACCUCUAGACAAAAUAGAACAUGAACAAAAUGAAGAGGAGACAAGCAAUAAAUCAGGCAGCUCGGAUAACUUAGAAUCAGACCAGCAGAAUGAUUUUACAAUCACAACUUCCCAUCCUUUAAUAGACUUAGGAAUAGUUACACCAAAUGAUAUUGAUUUAGUUUGUCAGCAUAUUACAGAUAUUAUCUUAAAUCAUGGAGGAGCCGCUACUAUGGUAACUUUGCAAUAUCAUUUUAACAAAAGGAAGCAUCUUUUUGGAGGAGAAAAUGCUCCAAUUAGAAAAUUAAUUAAAAAUGGUUUGGAUACAGUUAUCAACGGCCAUCCAUUGUUUAUCAAAGAUGCAUUUAUUCAAUAUGGAUGGAGAUGCAAUGCUAGUUUAAACAAUAUGGUCGAAUCUGCAAAUACUCCACGAAAUCACAAAAUCGAAUCUUCCGAAACUACAGAUUCUGAUCGAAAAGUUGAUGAAAAAGAUAUAGGUAAGCGGUUUGAAGACAUUAUGAUCGAAAAAAUACGAUCGUUCGAAUAUGGUUUAUCAAUUGAAUCAAUUACAAAAGAUAUGCGACCUUACAAAGACUUUCCUGGACUCUUUUGCAAUUUACCAGUUGAAAAAAGAGUUAAAGCAGUAUUAAGGGCUCGUGGAAAGGAUCCUAUUUAUUAUGACCCUCCAACCCAAUUGUGGAUGGCCAUAGAAAGAAAAGAAUGGUUUGAACAAAAAAGGAGAGAAACAAUGGCUAAAUUUUUGCCACCAGCACUUAGAGAUCUUGACUUCCCAAGCUUGACAACAGGCCAGCUUUACAAUAUCCUCGUUGAAAGAGGCAUUUUUUAA